UCGCUUUCUCAAGUUCUUUGAGGAACUGAAAUUUGGCGGAAACUUUGGAGAAGGAAAACCAACCCCCAAUCAACUUGUUCGCGCAGUAUCUAAGAUGGCCGAGGAACCCGCUGAGCCGACUGAGCUGGGAGCUGAGGGGGAGGAAGAGGAGGAAGAGGAGGAGGAGGGGGAGCCGUCCGGAGAUCACACGGACGCCAAGCCGGACCGCAGAGGAAGAUUUCUGCUCUUCGGUAAGAAGAAUAAGGAUGGCCAGACGCGCGAGCAGGACUACUCUUCUAAAAGCCAUUAUAGAAUCGUUUUACCAACAUUCCAGUAUAAGAUGAGCUGCCAACGAGUGGGCAAGUGCAUCAUCAUCAACAACAAGAACUUCCAUGAGAAGACGGGGAUGAAUGUACGCAACGGCACGGACCGGGACGCGGGAGAGCUGUUCAAAUGCUUCAAGAGCCUGGGCUUCGACGUCUUCAUCUACAACGAUCAGACCUGCCACAAGAUGGAGAGUCUCCUCAGAGAGGCCUCGGAGGAAGACCAUAGUGACAGCUCGUGUUUCGCCUGUAUCCUGCUAAGCCACGGCGAGGAGGGCAUGAUCUACGGAACCGAUGCAGCCAUGCCCAUCAAGUCCAUGACUUCACUGUUCAGAGGGGACAUGUGCAAAAGCUUAGUCGGAAAGCCCAAACUCUUCUUCAUCCAGGCUUGUCGGGGAUCCGAAUUUGAUGACGGCAUACAGACAGAUUCGGGUCCUCCAAACGAUACCCUGGAGACGGAUGCUAAUCCAAGAAAUAAGUUCCCCGUAGAGGCGGAUUUCCUCUUUGCUUACUCCACCGUGCCAGGUUAUUACUCAUGGAGGAAUCCCGGGCGCGGCUCCUGGUUUGUUCAGGCUCUCUGCAACGUCCUCAACGAGUUUGGCAAGCAGCUGGAGAUCAUGCAGAUCCUGACGCGGGUCAACUACAUGGUGGCCACCAGCUUUGAGUCCUGGUCUGAAGACCUACGCUUCAGUGAGAAGAAGCAGAUUCCCUGCGUGGUGACAAUGCUGACGAAGGAACUGUAUUUCAACUGAUCGGCAGACUCACUGACUGACUGACUCACUGACUCACUGACUGACUGACUGACUCACUGACUGACUCACUGACUGACUGACUCAUUGACUCAAUGACUGACUGACUGACUCAAUGACUGACUGACUGAUUGACUCAAUGACUGACUCACUGACUCACUGACUCACUGACUCACUGACUCACUGACUGUACCGCCUUAGCGUUCAAAGCAAUCAGAGAUGAUUCAGGCCCAGCAUGACUCGGCACAUUUGGCGCACAUAUGACAUUUGACAUGUAGUUGGGCCCGUAAAACAAGCCCUCUGCGGGAAAGAGAGAUAUUAUUACUGGCACUCCGCGUUCAUAGUGCUGAUGGUGAAACUCCUUCCUCUUCCUUCUUCAGGUUAAUCUUCUAAAUGGCGUCACAUUAGAUCUGAUCUUUUUUUUGACAGGCAUGUGAAAUAUCCAUGUUAUUCCGCCAGCCCGGAAGAUUUGCCAAAGGCUCCGCGUCUCAGCCUUCCUAGCAAGUUUUAAAGUUGGUAGCUGGCAUCCUCAGGUUCCUUAAUGUGCCAUUAGUGGGUUAUCGUAACGGUAAAGAAUGUCAUAUACGUAUGGCGAGGAAGGUGUGAUCGUUUGCUGUGUUGUGAUUAGUUCUAUGAGAUUUUGGGUCAAGUGCAUCGUAUAUAGUCCACUCCCACAAAAGAAAGGAUUAUUUGCAAUUUGCUAGUUUUAUUAGCCUGAUGUUGAAGAUUUCACUUCCUUCUUGUUCACCCCGAAGGAAGUGAAGUUUGUAUAUUUGCAUUUAAUCAAAAUUACGCACUUGUCUGAUUAGUAAAGGUCCAGCAAAUCAGUUAAUUUCCCUUUUUAAUCUUUAAAGUUGGACAUUCCUCUUUUUUAACUUUGAUAAAUGAAAGGGUAUAUGCGGUAUGAUUUUUACACUAAAAAGAGAAAUGUCAAAAAACGGUGUCAUAAAUUUGGGAAAAUAUUAUCGUGUGAAGCUGGACUCGUGCCCAAAGGACAAAUGCCAUCAUUUCACUGUAUAUUAGUGUUGUACAUCGUCAUAACAUACACUUCACUCUGGCAAGAGAAACCCAGCAAAGUUUUCCUAUUUGUAUAUUUUUUUAUUGAUAUUUUGAUAAAACUAUUUUGCAUAAUUUAGUAAAUUAUUUACUAUGAUGGCGUUCUAUAUGGUAAAAUAAAAUAUAAAAAAGAUUUUUGAUAUUUUGGACAUUUGCUGAUGGUCACUUCAACUUGCACAAAGUUUGUUUCUGCAAAUAUGACGUGUUGAUCAAUGUGCCAAAGUCGGUCAAUCACAGAGGCAGCUACUACUGGUGGGGAACACACACACACACAAACACACACAUGUCCGCAAUACACAACCACUGUUGCUGCGAUGUGUUAUUAUUCACAUGAUCGCAUGUGUCAGUACAUUAGGGGGAAAAGUUAAGCAAGAGCUUUAAUUUGUCAUUUUAUUUUCCCCUUUAACUUGUAACUUUAAUCAGUUUUUAUUAUUAUUUUAAUAACACUUUUACAUCAUAUUUCUAGUUGCCAGAAGUUUGAUUUAUACUGGCUUAAGUUAGGCCCAGUGGACCAAUACCGCCACAACGCCACAUGGUCAGCGGCGUGGUGACCGACGUGCUGAUAGGAGUGUUCGCUCCACUUGUAUUUUUCGAUUUGGAACUGAGGGAGGAGAGAGAGAAUAUUUUGAAGGGUAACAUUUUAAAAUGCUUUCUGGUGUUAAAUGCUGUUGUCCUCAGGAAUAUAUUUGAAAAUAUUUGGAAAAAUGAAUGAAUGUAUGACAUUGAAAUUUUAAUCUGGUCCUAUUUCUUUUUAAUACCUUGUGUAAAUUCACUUCAAAAACAGAGGAAUGCUUAUGUAAACAUUUUAUAGUAUUAAACUUCAAGAAUUUAUUCUGUAA